AGAAAUAGAUUACAGUUAAUACCGGUCAAAAAAUUACGAAAGUUUUCACACAUACAGUAUCUCUGCAACACAGAUGAAAAAUAAACAAAAAGCUACUAGAUUCAAGGGAAGCAACUCUGAAGUGAUCUCGAGAAAUGGACAAGAAGGCAAGGUGUUGAUGGUUGAGGAAUUUUUGAUAAAACAAGACUAGUAUUGACAGUCCUCCCACCAUGGAGACAAGAAGUGCAUAUGUUGAGGACGUCCUCCGUUCUGGAGUAAAGAGUUCUGAUGACCAAUUCGAGCCACUGGUUGUGAUCGAGUUUUCUGCCGGGGCAAAGCAAGCAUCCAUUGAAUGGCUCAUGGCUCGGAUACAGGCGCCAAAGUCUGAGGCUGGCGCCGAUCUUCAGCUUAGGAUGAUGGUUAUGCAGCACAAUAAGGACAGAGGAGAUCUGACCACAGAAGAGGACCGGGAGACCAUCCUGUAUGUUGGUGCCAGUAGUGAACGUCUGCUAAUGUCAGCAGAAUUAAUGGCUAUGAAGAAGGCACAUGUAGAUGGAUUUGUCCACGAGUUUUCAGUCGCAGACUUUGACAACUUUUGUGGUUCAGGAGAUGUUGGGACAUUUUUCUCCAUGGCAGAGAAACAGAAGAUCAUCCUGAAGGAGCUGGAGGGUAUUCGGGCUGGGGAGAUGGAUGCCCACAUCCCCGGAUAUGAGCAGCAUAGACUGUACCCUGGGAAGAGCAUAAUCAAGAAGUACCAGAGUCGACAGAUUGUGCUGCAGCUGUUUCCCCUGAAUGACGAGGAUGCUCUGAAGAACCUAGCAGAUGACUGGUGUGGUGUCCGUAAAGUCUUCAGCAGGCAACCUAUACAUCGUAUACAAAGAUAUUUUGGCGAGAAGAUCGGUAUUUACUUUGCAUUUCUGGGCCUGUACACCAUUUCCUUGAUACCACCAGCUCUCAUCGGAGUUAUAUAUCUUGUUACGUCAUGGCGGAGUAUGUACAGGGAGGCAAUAUUCGCUGUGUUCAAUCUCAUCUGGUCCACUAUAUUCCUGGAGGCCUGGAAGCGGCACUGUGCGGAGCUCACAUAUCAGUGGGGAAGCAUGGAUUCUGCAUCAGCCAAAUUUGAAGAGCCCAGAGCAAGAUUUCAUGGCUCUCUUGGCCGGAACCCUGUUACCCAGAAGCCGGAGCCCACUUUCCCCAAAUGGAAGCGUCAGAUGAGGUUCUAUUUGAUUACAGUACCUGUGAUAUCAGUAUGUCUGGUGGCAGCAUUCUUCGUCAUGCUGGCAUAUUUCUGGAUGCAGGACUGGGCGGACAGUGUCUAUGCAGCGGAGAAACAUUGGGUCAACUACCUGAUGUUGUACGCCCCGACAGCUGUGUAUGCUGUCAUGAUCGGCAUCCUGAAUGGCAUCUACAGGAUGGUGGCCAAAAAAUUGAACGAUUGGGAAAACCACAGAUACCAGUCUGCCUAUGACAACCAUUUUACAAUCAAACUAGUUCUGUUUGACUUUGUGAACUGCUUCAUUUCACUCUUCUAUGUGGCCUUCUACAUGCAAGACAGAAAUGUCCUCCACAGUCACCUGGCGUGCCUUCUCAUAACGUCUCAGGUCGUUGGGCAGAUCCGAGAGGCAAUCGUACCCUUCUUCAUCUUCCGCCGCAGAGCCCGACAGCUGGACACUGUGCUGAAGAAGACAGAAGCAUUGCAGAUGGUAAACGGCCGGAACGAUGUGGAGAAGGUGGUGCAGAAGCAGGCCAACCUGGAGGCCACCAUGGACCCCUAUGAUGGUCCAAUGGACGACUACCUGGAGCUGUUCCUGCAGUUCGGCUACGUCUACCUCUUCUCCUCUGCGUUUCCACUGGCUGCUCUGUGGGCACUCCUGAACAACAUCACAGAGAUCAGAACUGAUGCCUUCAAGAUGUGCAGGAUCUUCCAGAGGCCGUUCUCAGAGUCAGUGCCAAACAUUGGUGCAUGGCAGGUCGCAUUUGAGAUUAUUGGGGUCAUCUCAGUAAUGACGAACUGUGCCCUGAUUGGGAUGGACCCUGAGGUACAGAAACUCCUGCCUUCUAAUGUCACGGCUGUCAACAUCGUUCUCAUCUUUGUUGCUGUUGAGCAUAUUGUAUUGGCGGUGAAGGCUGCUGUGGCAUUCUUCAUCCCCGAUGUACCCAAGUGGGUAGAGCUUCAGAUUGCUAGACAGGAAUACAAGCUGAGACAUGACAUGAUGAAGGAGCCACAGAAAAUGGCAACAUCAGCUCGCACAAAACAAAUCCUGAAGAAAAUGAUCAAAACCCGGACACCCAUGACAACGGAAAUGAAGUAGACCAUCCCAGACACUGAUGGAUUCCUUGUCCAGAGACUAUGGUGGAGGCUAUGCAUAGUCAUGUUAUAGUUCUAUAGUAUGGUCUGUGAGCUUAGUUAUACGUCUGUUUUCCAUCUUAGGUGGAGUAAAUAUAAAUACUUUCCUUUCAAAAACACACCAUUAGACAGAGUAUACAUACAGCUGCUUGUGGUAUACCAGUAGUUCUGGUAUGUAAGUGCUACGAUUAAUAAGGCAAAUGGGAUUUGUGUGUGAUGGAACAGGAUUUUCUGAAUUUAUGAUGGCAAAAGAAAAUGUAUAAUAAAAAACUAUAAUAUAGUCUUACUGGUAUUAACAUAAAACUGCUGAUGUUGAUUGUAACACAAAUAGUCAAAGCCUUCAUCAUGGGUCCAGCACUUUUGUCUUCCUGUCAUCAUGUGCCUAUCAGAACAGAUACUAUUAACCUAAGUACUGCCAUUCUUAAUAUCAUUAGUUUACAUGAACCCCUGGUGUAUCAGUCAGAGGAUGAUUUAGACAAUCCCCAAACACCCUGGCUGUUUGGUAAAUGUGAUAAUUACAUUAGAUGUAGGGUAGUGAUUAUUUCAGUUUAAUAUUAAAUUUUGUUCAUCAUGUUAUUGAUCCAUGACUAGUUGUUAAGAAAAUAGUAUUCCUAUAUUUAUUUUCAUAUGCUUACAUGGAUACCUGGGUGAAGUGAUUUGUUUAAGUUGUGUUUAUGGGAUACUCUGGCCACUACAGUCGCCACUUAUUCAUGUUUAUUCAUAUUUAAACACUCAUUUAUCUUUUUAAAAGUGUGAAAUGAUUUGCAUAACUCCCAAUAUUGUGACCAUAUCAGGUUGGAUACAACCACGAGGGUCUCCACAUAGUAAUGCCACGUGAGGAUUCCAACCUAGAUCUUCUGCUUGAUGAACUAACACAGAAUCCUCUAGACCACUCACUUACAACAUAGUUGACUGUAGUGUGUUCUUUGUGUGAAGUGUUGUGCAAUAUCCUUUACUUUUAUAAAGGACAUAGUUUUACUAUUUCUGUAGCAUAUUUUAGUGACAGCUAGUGAAUAGUUUAUGUGUUGCUGAAAGUCAAGUUGUUGAUCUGAAUAAGCCACUGAACAUAUCAUACAGUUUUAUUCUCUCCUUUGAAUAGACUGUAUUUGACAUUACUUAUACCUCUGUUUGAGUAUUUUCCUCAAUGCUUUAGGGACCAUUCAUAAUUUAUGCCUAGGGGCGAUGAUGAUGUUUAUGGGGAAGCAUGUACAUGCCCAUCCCCCCCCUAAAAUUUAUGUAAAAGUAAGUGACCCCCUCCCCCUGCAUGUCAUGUACAAAA